UCAUUCCAUCUCUGCUCUCACACAUUCAUCUUCUCCUUCCUUCCUUCCUUCCUCACUCGUUGAUGAUCAGAUCACAUUCAAAUCGAUAGGUAUUUUCCAUUUAGAAGAGCUAAGCUGGAGCUGGAGCUGGAGCUGAAAUUCGUUGGAAAUUUCAAAGCGACAGAGCAAAUUAUCACGCAUUUAAACGGCAUUUAAUUUCUCCCCACCAACAUCAACUGUGCCCUUUAAUUUCCCUCCAUUAAUUCUCUCCAUCGCUGGUCAACUUCAAUCAUACUACUUCUCUCUCUCUCUAUCUCGCAUCAUGCUAGAGAUCUUAUAGUUUCUCAUAAAAAUGAUUCUCGGUUUUCUCCAAUCAAUUCUUCUGUUACUUUUAUCAAUUUCAAAUCUAUCCUUGCCGUCUUCCGCACUCGACAUCAAUUCCACUUCCUGCAAUCGGAAGUGCGGCGGAAUUCCAGUUCAACACCCGUUCGGUUUCUCAGAUGGUUGCCAAAUCAAGCUGAAUUGCAGUAGCAACAACCCCGCGAUCCAAAUCGGCGGAUUCGACGUCUACAACAUCACGUCCGAUCACAUCUUAGUAGGUAUUCCGGCCAAAUGCCGCCGUCCGAUCGACGAAUUGAGCCAACUCUUCGGUUCGAACUUCGCCCCGACGUGGCGUAACGGCCUCCUUCUGGAGAACUGCAGCAAGACGAUGAAUGAUUGCGUGGUUCCUCGCAGAUUGGUGAUGAGCACCAUGGGUUCGCAUGACUGCCAAAGGGGGAACGGAAGCGAGGAGAGAUUAACGUGCUAUUCAGUCGGGUCAAAUGAUUCCGCUGAGUUUUUGGAUUACGAAACAGUGAAGAAAACGGGGAACUGCAGCUUUCUGUUGUCGUCGAUCCUGGUGGAAAAUGCCACCCAGGGCUCUUCGAUCGCUCUCGAUUUUCAGAAGGUGGAGCUCGGUUGGUGGAUCAACGGCAGCUGCCACGGCGUUUGUGACCCCAACGCCGACUGCACGGGAUUUCAGUAUGAAGGAAAGCUGCGGCAUCGUUGCAAGUGUAAACAUGGCUACGCCGGAGACGGUUUUUCGACCGGUGGCGGUGGAGUCGGAUGCCAGAAAGAAGCUGGAAAAUGCCGUGCUACAAGCUUGUCUAUUCGAUGUAGGGGAACUAAAGUAGGCAUGCUUGUUGGAGGUAUUGUUGCUGGAGCUAGUUUGGUGGUGGUUUUAGCACUGGUGUAUUACUGUGUGAAGAAUAGAGCUACGAGUUUGAAGAACAGAUUAAGCGCGAGGCGGCUGAUCAGUGAAGCAGCAGGAAACUCGAGUGUGCCCUUGUACACUUACAAAGAUAUCGAGAGAGCAACGAACAGCUUCUCUGAGAAGCAGAGACUAGGAACAGGUGCCUACGGCACAGUUUAUGCAGGAAAGCUCCAUAACGAUGAAUUGGUGGCAAUCAAGAAAAUAAGACAUCGCGAUCACGAGAGUGUCGACCAGGUGAUGAAUGAGAUCAAGCUUCUGUCCUCUGUAAGCCACCAGAAUUUGGUCCGCCUUCUAGGGUGCUGCAUCGAGAAUGGCGAACAAAUCCUUGUUUACGAGUACAUGGCCAACGGCACCCUGUCCCAGCAUCUGCAGCGUGAGCGAGGCUCUGUGCUUCCAUGGACGAUACGUCUCACCAUUGCUGCAGAGACAGCUCAUGCCAUUUCCCACCUUCACUCAGCAAUGAAUCCUCCAAUAUACCACAGAGACAUCAAGUCCAGCAACAUUCUGCUAGAUUACAAUUUUAACUCCAAAGUAGCGGACUUUGGGCUUUCUAGGUUUGGCAUGACCGACGACUCCCACAUAUCCACAGCACCGCAAGGUACCCCGGGCUACCUCGACCCUCAGUAUCACCAGAACUUCCAUCUUUCAGACAAGAGCGAUGUAUACAGUUUUGGGGUGGUUCUUGUAGAGAUAAUUACAGCCAUGAAAGUGGUUGACUUCUCUCGACCACACAGCGAGAUCAAUCUUGCUGCUCUGGCUAUCGAUAGAAUUGGGAAAGGCCGGAUAGAUGAGAUAGUCGACCCCUUCCUUGAGCCGAAUAGAGAUGCUUGGACACUUUCAUCCAUUCAUAAAGUAGCUGAGCUUGCUUUUAGGUGUCUUGCUUUUCAUAGAGAUAUGAGACCUUCAAUGAUGGAAGUGGCAGAUGAGCUAGAACAGAUUCGGGUCAGUGGUUGGGCACCUAUGGAUGAAAAUAUGCACAUGGGUUCCUCAGUUGCCUCGAAUUGUUCAUCGCCAUACCAAGGAAGUGAGAAAUCAUUUAACAUAUCAAUGGCAAAGAAGACGACAACCAUGUCAUGGGUAGGAAGUAGGAGGUUGGUUGUUCCACAGAGGGCAGCUACCGCUGCUGCUGCCCUGCCUACGACAGAAGAGUUGAAGAACAACUCGCCCGUUUCGGUACAGGAUACUUGGUUGAGUGAAAAGAGCUCACCAUCAUCCAACAGCUUAUUGAAUAAUGUAGUUCGAUAAACUAGGCAACUUCUGCUUCUUUUAACCUACAUCUGUUUAUACAUAAACUUCUGGUGGACACUGAGAAGACAGAUAUCAAAGUUUUGUGCUAUUUAAUAGUGUGAAUAUAAAAAAUCAAAUUCUUACACAA